AUGGAAUUACUUGAAACGAUAAUAAUAAUACUUCAAUUGACGAACGUGCUCUCGAAGAGGUACCGGUCGUCAUCGGAGGAGAGCAUAGAAAACCUCAUCUACUACAAAGACUGCAACCACAAACGGAAGGAGGGUGCAACGCAGCCAACGAUACUCCGGGGCCCGCCGCAGCCGCCUCAAGAGUGCAAAAUGUGCUGCAGCAUGUGCUGCGGUGACGAGUGUGUCCAGAGUCAGCACCAGUCGGUCAUCGGUAGACAGUCUCCGAUUAUGCCGCAGAGUGGAAUGCCAAAGCCGCAGCCUUUUCGACAGCCUGUCCCACAGUCCGCUUUUAACCAGAAGGGCAAGAAGAAGAAGCCACGCCAAGACCUGCAACCUCCCAUUGACGGUAGGCGAAAUGUAGAAUUCACCAGGGAACACAUAAGAAGUCUGAUUUCACAAGACCAGGAUAUUAGGAAGAUUCUGAAGGAUCUAGUGAGGGUGACAAUGCAGAAGGUCGACUUGAUGGAAAUGAUUAACUCCAGAAGGGCUGUGAACGAUGUAAAUUCGGAAGAAGAAAAAAGUGACGACUAUCAAGAA